AAGAAAGCCAAGAAGAGGAUUGAAGGUGCUAAUUCCAACGUCUUCUCCAUGUUCGAGCAGGCCCAGAUCCAGGAAUUCAAAGAGGCAUUCACCAUCAUGGAUCAGAACCGGGACGGCUUCAUCGACAAGGCGGAUCUGAGAGACACGUUUGCCGCACUCGGGCGUCUGAAUGUAAAAAACGAGGAGAUCGAUGAGAUGAUAAAGGAGGCACCCGGCCCCAUCAACUUCACCGUGUUCCUCACCAUGUUUGGGGAGAAACUCAAGGGUGCUGACACGUUGAAGACGAUCCUGAAUGCGUUCAAGGUGUUUGAUCCAGAGGGAAAAGGCCUGAAAUCCACCUACAUCAAAGAAAUGCUGAUGACGCAGGGAGAGAGGUUUUCCCUGGAAGAGGUCGAUCAGAUGUUCGCAGCCUUCCCUCCAGACAUGUCUGGCAAUCUGGAUUACAAAAACGUCGUCCACGUCAUUAUGCACGGCAAAGAGAAGGACUAG